AGAACCAAUCCAGCUUCAAGAGAGGCAGGACGCGCCAAGUCCCGAAAGAGGGACAGGGGGAGAUAGUGCGGUGGCAGCCCAGUCAUCUAAGAUUCCGGAGAAGGGGUUGGGGGGAUUCCGAAGGCCGUGACAGCCUCAAUAGUGCGCCACGGCCCGAGGGGUGAGCGCGACCGGAGGAACGCAGUGCAGACUGUUUAUCGCCCUGUCAGGACCGGGUAGAGAGGGGAGGCGGAGGCCUGGGGUGAGUGGCCUCGGGCCUGCUGCAGCUGCAAAGGCAUUAACCCCAGUCCGCUGAAUGAGCCUAAGUCCUCACCUGGGCGUUCAGAACCCUGCGCGAUCUGGUCGGUUUUCACCGCACAUUCCAGCAACGGAUUCCUUCUUCCCCCAACUUGUUGGGCCAUCUCCGCUCCUCUGAGCUACUGUUUAUGCUGUUCCUGCAUCCGGGCUGCUUGGAUGAUGGCAUGCUGAGAAGCACCCCAGAGCCUGGGCCCCCAUGGCAUCCCCAGACAAAGAUGAGGAGUCCUCAUCUCUCUGGGCCUCCCAGACAGAGCCCUGGGAUGCCAUCCUCAAGGCCGUCAGGGAGCAGCUCCCAUCACUGGACUCAGAUUCGUCCUUGUCAGACUGCGGGCCAGAUGAGCUGUUCAUCUUCCAGCGAGAUCAAACUGCCCUGAUCCCAGACUUGUCAGAGGAGCUGGCUGAAGAUCCUGCCGGGGCCUGGCUUGCUACAGCCGAUGGGCCUUCUGAGGCAGGUGUGGUGUCUGUGGAACUCACAGCAGGACGCUGGAGUAAGGGGGGCGCAAAGACAAAGGGUUCUGCCUCUGUGCAAGGCGGGGAUCCUGACGGGCCUGAAGAGAGCUGUGGUGAGACCAGCUCCCUUUGUCGGGUGCCUGCUGACAUCCCCACGUGGGAGGAAGGCGACCAUGGGGCUUUGUCCUUCAGCACCCAGGGUUCCCCCUGGGGGCCACACAGAGAAGCCACCUUCUGCCCCUGGGAAGAUGACCUGAAAACAGAACCCCCAGGUGCUACCUCACCAGCUGGUUGGAGCACAGACUCCAGAGACCACAGAGCCCCCCGAAGGGAGAGGAGGAAGAUGAUUGAGGACAUACUCCAUAAAGUUACCUGGGAUGCCCGCGGCCCAGCCUGCAGUGACCGAAAUCCAGUAGAAGAGGCAACGGCAGUCCUGAGACCAGAAACGCCCCCAGAGGGGCCCCGGGAAGGACCUCUGGUGCUUUCCCUCAAGGAACUUGAAGAGUGGGAUUUGGAUCACAUCCUUCAGAGUCUGGCAGGGCAAGAAGGCGACAGGGGAGAUCGCGCACCUAGAGCCACGUGGUGGGCAGCUGACCGCCUGGACCGAGACCAGAGCCGGCCGAACUGCCAGGACAGGCUCAUGGAACAGCUCACCCUUCUAUGUGCCGCCCAGUCCCAAGCCCCUUCUGCGACAGGACCCCAGGACACCACGCAGCACGAGGCCAGGAGCAGAUCUGCUGCAGGCAUCCAGGCUGAGCUGGGCCUGGCCCAGAGCAGGCAGCUAAGGAGCCCAGCAGAGCCUCCCACCAUCUUCAUCGAUCUGCGGCCCUCGGAGCCAUCAGACCCCAGGUCGGUGGAAAGCCCCAGCCCCAGCUCCUUUGACAGCGAGGAGGAGGAAGAGGAGACAGUGGCUCUCAGAGACCAGCAGGGCCCCCCGGAGCAGGAGAGUCCUUCCCCCCCGGCAGCUACGGGACUGCACUGGGAAGAGUCAGCUUCUCCAGCAGCUCAGGGCAUUUCGGAAGGAGACGGCUCAGCCCAAUUGGCCUGCCACUGGGGGUCCCAGUGGCUGGAAGGCUCAGGUCCCUGAAGAUCCAGCCAGCUCCGCAACUAGGAGGAAGCAACAUGUACCAGCUUGGGCUGAGCCCCAGAACACCCCGGCCAGAUGCCCAGGGGGAGGUCCCAGGG